UGUCAACACAACAAAUGUAAGCCGGGUUUAAAUUUCUUGUCACCUUUUUCGUGUACAAAAGGCGCACAAGAAGAACAACAUCUGAUCCGCUUACACGAAGUCGGAGAGCUCCCUAGAUCUCUCUUACCGCCAGGAUCUUGCAGGAGAUAUUAAGAGGCAAGGCACUUGUAGUGAAUGAUAUACAUGUCCUUAAGUUUAACCAGUGAAAAAAUGGCGUCGACGUCUGUUCUAAUGCUGUUGCUAUGCAACCACAUUGUACAUGCGCACUGGAGUCCUGCCGCCCAUGAGAUCAUAGACAUGACGUAUGCGGUGUCAGAGGACAGUUUAGUCUGGCCGGGGCGAGAGGGAAAUGGGUUUCGAUACAAACGUAUCUACAGGGGUCCAGUGGAUUUUGGAGCUGGGUGGCUUGAAGACCAUGACAUUUGCCGACCAGAACAUCAUAGCACCCACAUGGACGCGCCUGCGCACUUUGCUCGCGGAAAAUGGCACAUGCAAGACAUUCCACCUCAUAGGUUUUUCGGUACUGCGAUCAAAGUCGACAUAUCUGCCAAAGCAGACCUCAAUCCCAACUCCAACCUUGAGGUGGAAGAUCUGAUGAACUGGGAAAGGGUCAACGGCAAAAUACCAGAUGGUGCCAUCUUGUUUGUUUACACUGGUUGGGGAAAAUAUAUCGACAAUCGCACUGCAUUCUUUGGUUAUAACGGCACAGGUAAUGCAAGAGACAGUGACGGACACUCCCGUCUUAAUUUCCCCGCAGUUGCCGAAAGCGCCGCCAAAUGGCUAGCAGAAAACAGGAGAAUCUCAGCCGUUGGAAUUGACAGUCCUUCGAUGGGACCAAGUAAAACUGGUUUGGCGCAUCUUCCUCUAAGCAAAAACAACAUCUACUUGGCAGACGUCGUGGCCAAUUUGGACAAACUUCCACCCAAGGGAUAUUCAGUGGCCAUGCUGCCUAUGAAAAUAAAAGACGGCAGUGGUGGCCCCUUGCGGAUCAUUGCGUUCAAAACUGUCCAAGUUUCUCCCGGCCCGGCUGACGUAAUUGACCUUACGUACGCCCUUGAUAACACCACGGUGGCGUGGCCGGGUAGUGCCAGUUUUGUACUACUUGUGAGACGAAGAGGUUAUACUAGAUUGGGCAACAAUACUGUAUGGACCGAGAUCAACGACUUUUGUGGCCCGGAGCAUAUUGGGACGCAUCUGGAUGCGCCUGCGCACUUUAUCAAAGGUUCAUGGCGAAUUCAUCAAAUUCCGGCCCACACCCUCAUUGGUCCGGCCAUUCGAGUGGAUAUUUCCCAAAAGGCCGCAAACAACCCGGACGCUACGUUAACUGUUAAAGACCUCCAUGAUUGGGAAUAUGAGAACGGUCGGAUACCGGACAAUGCCAUGGUUUUUUUGUACAGCGGAUGGGGAAAAUACGUAGAUGAUUAUGAGAAGUACCUCGGAACUGCUAACCGCACCCAUUGGAAAAAUGAUCAAGGACAGGCUCUCGUUCAUUUCCCCGGUUUCUCAGGAGAGGCAGCUGAGUGGUUGGUAAACAAUCGAAAAAUCAUCGGAGUCGGAAGUGACGCACGUAGUGUUGAUGCAGGGCAGACGACAUCUCUCCCGGCCCACGUGGCUUUUCUCGGCGCCAAGCUUCUCGCGCUAGAGAGCGUGGCCAAUCUCGACAAGCUGCCACCAACCGGAUACACUGCAUUUGUCUUCCAUAUGGUUCAUGUUGACGGGAGUGGAGCACCAACGAGGCUGGUUGCCGUGAAUAACUCAGCAAUUAGUUUUAACUCAGAUGAUACGAAAGCAGCAUCGAGUGGUUUUGUCUUACACCCUCUUUCUGCCAUUUUGUUUUUGCCCUCAUUAUUUAUCCUUACGCAGUCAUUAUUAUAGAUCAGUUGCAAAAAGUUUCCAUAUGCAUAACAGGUUUUCAAAUAUAUAUAGUUAUACUUAAUGCAAACUUAGGCGCUUUCCAAUCUUACAUUGUAAAUGAAAUCGAUUUUGUUUUAGUAUCGAUUUGUUCCAUUGGCGUCUAUUAGAAAUGUUUACACAGAUGUGUAAUACUGGGCUUUUUAAGAAAGGUGUAGCAAAGUAAUCAUCUGUUGUUCAUACUAAACUCAAAUGCCUUAAAUACAUUAUUUUUCAUACUCUUUAAAUGCAUAUAAAUUAGAAAUGCAAUUGUUCUCAGCUUCUUCACAAACACCACGAUGAGACUAAAAGUCCUGUACGCUCACACUUUGAUCUAUCAGCUGAGCUACUGACAUUAUACGUCAAGUCUAACCAAAUAGGCACGCUCACACUUUGACCUAUCAGCUGAGCUACUGACAUUAUACGUCAAGUCUAACCAAAUAGGCUCACUCACACUUUGACCUAUCAGCUGAGCUACUGACAUUAUACGUCAAGUCUAACCAAAUAGGCACGCUCACACUUUGACCUAUCAGCUGAGCUACUGACAUUAUACGUCAAGUCUAACCAAAUAGGCUCACUCACA